UGUUUUUGUGAAUUCAGUUCAUUCAUUACUCAUCAGAUCUGAUCCGGUGGUGCUUUGCUUUUGGUGUCGGUGUCCGUGGGAAACUCAAUAACAUCUGUCGGUCGGCGGGCAUUCUAUCAGAGCUAUGAGCAUGUACGGCAGGGACCCCUGGGGGGGGCCGCUGGAGAUAAACACGGCUGACUCUGCCACCGACGACGACCGCAGCCGGAACCUGCAGGAUCUGGACAGGGCGGCGCUGUCGUCGCGGCCACUGGACGAGACUCAGCAGAGCUGGCUUCUGGGGCCCUCCGGCGAGCAGAAGAAGAAGAAGUAUGUGGAUCUGGGAUGCAUCAUCGUUAGCCGUAAGAUCUUUGUGUGGACGGUCGGGACGCUGCUGGUCUCGGCCCUCUUGGCGGGCUUCAUCACUCUCAUCGUCAAGACUGUGCCGCGUCACCGCCACGCCCGCCCUCCCCCCGACAACUACACUUUGGCGCUUCGCAAGUCCCUAAUGUUCUUCAACGCCCAGCGAUCCGGAAAACUCCCAAAGCAUAACAAUGUGUCGUGGAGGGGUAAUUCGUGCUUAAAGGAUGGCAAUGAUCCCUCCGCCACUUUCAAAGAUCUUGCCGGUGGCUUUUAUGACGCCGGAGAUGCUAUCAAGUUCAACUUCCCCGCGUCCUUCGCCAUGACCAUGCUCAGCUGGAGCGUCAUCGAAUACAGUGCUAAGUAUGAAGCUGCCGGGGAACUCUCCCAUGUUAAAGAAAUCAUUAAAUGGGGAUCCGAUUAUUUUUUGAAGACCUUCAACCAUUCUGCCGAUUCCAUUGACAAACUUGUUGCCCAGGUUGGGCUAGGAUCUACUGCCGGAGGAAGUACUACUCCUAAUGAUCAUUAUUGCUGGAUGCGUCCUGAGGAUAUUGAUUACCCGCGUCCUGUGUCUGAGUGUCACAGUUGCUCUGAUCUAGCUGCGGAAAUGGCCGCGGCUCUAGCUGCUUCGUCCAUAGUUUUCAAAGAUAAUAAGGCAUACUCUCAGAAACUUGUCCAUGGUGCAACAACACUCUUCAGGUUUUCAAGGGAGCAGAGAGGCAGAUAUAGUGCUGGUGGUAGUACAGAUGCGGCAACCUUCUACAAUUCCACCAGUUAUUGGGAUGAGUUCGUAUGGGGUGGAGCUUGGAUGUAUUAUGCUACUGGAAAUUCCUCUUAUCUUCAGCUUGCAACAACUCCAGGUCUUGCUAAACAUGCCGGUGCUUUCUGGGGAGGACCUGAUUAUGGAGUAUUGAGCUGGGACAACAAGCUUGCUGGAGCUCAGGUGCUUCUGAGCCGUUUGAGGUUAUUCUUGAGCCCUGGGUAUCCGUAUGAAGAAAUUUUGAGGACAUUUCAGAACCAGACUAGCAUAAUCAUGUGCUCAUACUUGCCUGUUUUUACAACCUUUAACAGAACCAAAGGAGGCUUGAUCCAGUUGAAUCAUGGAAGGCCACAACCUCUUCAAUAUGUAGUCAAUGCAGCCUUCUUAGCUACGCUGUAUAGUGAUUAUCUUGAUGCUGCUGAUACACCUGGGUGGUAUUGUGGACCCAACUUCUACUCUACUGACGUGUUGCGAGAAUUUGCCAAAACUCAGAUUGAUUACAUACUUGGCAAGAAUCCUAAAAAAAUGAGUUAUAUCGUGGGCUUUGGGAAUCAAUACCCAAAACAUGUCCACCACAGAGGCGCAUCUAUUCCAAAAAACAAAAUCAAAUACAGUUGUAAAGGGGGAUGGAAAUGGAGGGACACUUCAAAGGCAAAUCCAAACACGAUUAAUGGGGCCAUGGUUGCUGGCCCUGACAAACAUGAUGGUUUCCGUGAUGUUCGUUCUAAUUACAACUACACAGAGCCGACUCUCGCAGGAAAUGCAGGUUUGGUAGCAGCACUCGUUGCUUUGUCUGGAGAAAAAUCUGUUGGAAUUGACAAAAAUACGAUUUUCUCUGCGAUUCCUCCAAUGUUCCCCACUCCACCACCACCUCCGGCACCCUGGAAACCAUGAGAUGCUAAAGCGGUCACUAUUGUUUUAAUAUGUGUGCGACUUAUGGGUAGAUGAUUUCGCUGCAGUAAUAGACUUUGAAGCUUAUAUCUCGUUGACAUAAACAGUGACUCAGUAACAUGAAGAUCGAGAGGAUGGGCGCAAGGAAGUAAUGGACAAGACAUUGAGAGAUUGUUGGGCUGGGCUAGGCUGGGGCUAAAUAGCGUCGCGAAGAAUUGAUAAAAAUGUCUUUGAUUGAAUUUUGUGAUAUAUACAGUGUAUAUGUAUGGAACAAAUCCUGUAUUCUUUGAAACAUGGAAAGUGAACAAUUUGAAUUUGGUUGACAGAUUUUAAAUUUGAA